CUCUUUCUCUCUCUCUCUCUGUCUCUCUCUCAUUCCCAUGCUCCACUCUUUAUUCUCUGUUUCUCUCUGUUUCUCUCUCUGAUCAGUAAGCAAGCCUGUGCCUCAUCUCCUCUCUUCCAGGAUCACACUUCGACUUCUUCCAGACCCCUCCCUCCUCCCCCAGCGCACCAGACCUCACAGGGAUGCCGCUCCCAUCCUCCUCAUCGUCCCCUUCUUCCCCUCCAGCCCACCUGCCAUCACCCACCGCCAAAACCCAGUCCCCGUCUGGUGUGGUGGUCACCCCAAUGACACCCUCCCCCUCCCCCAACUCCCCCGUCCAGGCAGAGGACGUCCUCCUGAUGGCUGAAGCUGGAUCAGAGCCUCCCAGAGGCUGGGGACGAGGUGCCACCGCUGGCACCACCACCACCAUCACCACAUCGGCCCCACAUCUGGAGGGAGCCUCGGUCUCCCCUGUUGCGGCCCCUGAGGAGAGAAGGAGCUCGGCAGUGCAUACACCCCAGUGGCUUGCCACACCUGAAGCACAACAGAAGGACAUGGUCGCUGGCGUUGGUGAUGGCGUGUCGUUGGCCGGAGGCGGGGCCAUGGAGGGGGCGGUGGCAGAGGGUGUGGCUGUGGAACUGUUGCAGCUCCUGGAGCAACACAGGGCGGGGCUGGGACUGUGCAGCGGGCAGGAGGGUGUGGUCGAGGUGCUGGGUGAGCUGAAGAAGCUCUUGAUGGAGAGGGCACAGUUCACACAGGAAGUGAAGAGCCUAAAGCAAACACUGGAGACCGAGAGGGCAGAGUGGCUGCAGUUCCAGUCUGACCUGCAGGUGGCGGUAGCAGUGGCCGACCGGCUGCGCAUGGAAGCCGAGGAGAACGUGCUGCUACUACGCCUCGACCAGCAGGAGGCAGCAGAGCGCCUGGAGGACACUCAGGAACGACUCCAGCAGGCGGAGAGCGAGAUGGAGAAGCUGAGGCGCCUGUACUCUGAGGCCUGCGGCAGAAUGGAGGAGCAGGAGCAGCAACUCAAGGCCCAGGGAAGCAGGCCACUGUGCCUGGACCAAAGUAGCCAGACCACAGCUGAGGCCGAGACGGAGAAAACAUCAUACAGUGUGAGAGACUCUGGGGGUCUGGGGAUGAGGGACAAACCAGGGGAGGUGGAUGGAGAGGGGCAGGAGCAGCUGAAGGUCUGGAGGAGGCCUCGGAGCACAGCGUGUCUGGACCAAAAUACCCACACCAGAGGAGAGACCACUGAGAGCACAUGCGGCGGGGUACAGCCUGAGAUAGCGGCCGUGCAAGACUCUGGGGGUGAAGGAACGAGGGACAAAAAAACAGAGGAGGUGUUGGGAGACGGGCAGACCAAGGAUGGAAUGAGCGGUGAGGAACGAGGGAUGAGGAGGCCGGAGGAGGUGUUUGUUGUUGUGAAGGGAGAGGUGAGGGGCUUCGGGAGGGGAGUGACGGAUUACGAGAGGAGGACACUGCCAGGGUUGGGGCUGAGGGACCCACGGAAGAUUGUCAUGCUGUCGGAGCGGUCAAGAAGUCUCUCCAGGCUGCCCCUUCCACCUAGCCCUCCUCAUGGCCAGGACGGCGUCUCCCACAACUCUUUGGAUGCGAUGGCACCUGCCAGCCAGGGUCAAGAGACAGGGAGGGAGUCGACUGGAGGUACAGGGAGGAGGCUGGACCGACUCCUGCAGCGCCAGGAUAGCUGGUCCAGUUUUUACACAAGUAAACAGGAUGAUGACCAUGGCACUGAUGUCUCAUCGGUGAUGAUCGGUAAAGUCAGGUCUGACGACAGCUUCAGUAUGCUCUUGCGUCGCCAUGGGGGCUCCAGAAGGAACUCUCUCUUACGCUGGUGUCAGAAGAGAACUCAGGGCUACAAGCACAUUGACAUUACAAACUUCAGCAGCAGCUGGGAAGAUGGCUUGGCCUUCUGUGCAGUGUACCACACCUAUCUUCCUACGAAUAUACCGUACAGCACACUACUCCCUGGAAAUAAGAAAGACAAUCUGGAUCUGGCAUUGAAGACUGGGGAAAGUGUGGGGAUUGUAGCCACAUUGACAGUGGAAGAGAUGCUGCGGCCUGGGGGACCAGACUGGCAGAGAGUGCUGGAGUACGUGGAGAGCAUGUUCCGCCACUUUGAGAUGUGACCUGUUGGCGGACGCUGGUUUGGAGCUAGGAUUCCGCACACCUAAAAUCCUAUUUUCCUUGAUUCUUUUAUUCCAUGGCAUGGAUUACAUUUUGACCAUUGUCCUCCAUCAUCAGAAGUCUAGGGGGGAAAUGAUUUUAAGUGUGCAGACUCCUCACUCCAAACCUCAAGUCAGCCGUUGUCCUGCACCUUUUCCUGGGACGUGCACAAUUCUCACCCUCAACUGUAGAUGACACUCCCUCGUUUCCUUCCAACCACCUGUCUAGAGCUUCCUGAGAGCAUCUGUCACUUUAUGUUUGUAUUCCUUCAUCUUAAACAGGGAUUACAAGGAGGAUUACCAAGAUUUUUUUUUCACAUGUGUAGAAAUACUGUAAAAAGUAUAAUGUGCACACCUCUGCCGUGCAGGUGUGCGUGUGUGUACUGUCAUGUUGGUGUGUGUUGCUGAACAGCCUCUGUGUGUGUGUGUGUGUGUGU